CAAUGAUUUUGGUUAUGUCAUUGAUAACCUACCAAUAGGUUAUGUUACGGAGUUUGUAUCAGAUUGUAAUCUCAGUAACUGUGGAUAUGACAAAAGGGGGAUACAAUUGCAUAUGCAGUUUAGAGUUUUACAAACUAUAUAGAUGUUGAGGCAACGGCAAAAGGGAGGUCUGCGAUAGGUAUUAGAACUCUAACUACAUUCGAAGAAGUUUGGUUUCAAGAUUGCUCUGUGACUAGUGGGAACUGAGACAUCCUUCAGUGUACAGAGGAAGAUUGCAUUCAUACAUGGUUGAUGGGCAAGAAGCGUGCUCUUCAUAGGCUUUCUAUAUCCAGUAAAUGAAGAGUACUAUUACUUCACAGAAAUAAUGGUUUUCAGUAGAAUGUUUUUAGACAGAUGGUAUGUAGCAUUGUAAAUAAAUUAUCCAGUGAAGUGUACUGGAAGAUCAGAUAUAAUGGAUACUGGAAUUUUUCAUUUAGCUGAAAAGAUGAUUGCUGCAAGUGGCGAAAUACAAGAGGAAUAUGAUGUGCAAUUAGUUAGGAAAGUUAUUAAGCUUACUAUAAAACAUAAGGAACUAGUUAAUAAACUUCUUGAUACUAGUGAUCAGUGUAAAGAUAUAAUUAAUGUAGUUUUGUCUUCAACAAACACCAUAUUAGAUUUAAUGCAGAAAAUAAUAAAAUCCAACACAGAAGAACUUAAUUUACUGUUGAAAAUAACAGAACUUACUAACAAAGAAUGGGAGUUAUUAAGAAAAUUUGUAUAUCUUUGUAAUGAAGACAGAUAUUUUGUUUGUAAAUUUAUGGGCUGGUACCUGAAUGGUGAGGGUUUUGGUUUCCCUUGUUCAUGUUCAACAUUAAGAGAAGAUGACUGCCUUCAUCCAACAGAAGGACCAGUAAGGUUACGACAUAACCUGUCAAGAAAGAAAACUAACAAAACUGUCUCCUGUGAAGAAACAAAAAAUGACAAUCCUGUUAUUGCAGUUGGUGAAAAUCUGGGGAUAGUAUCAAGGGACUUAAAUGAGGAAGUUGAUGCUCAGAUGUCUGGAAAGGAAGACAGUAUCAAUACAUCAAAGAUGCAUGUUUCUUCUUUGAUUAUAAAAAAUAAAAUAAACUCAGUAUCAGUAAAAAGUUGUUGUGUUAAACUGGAACCUCUUUCCUUGAAGACUGCAGUGGAAAAAGAAAAAACAGACCCUGAUAACAGUACACAAGAAAAGGUGUCAUUUCCGUCUCAUCCUGAAAAUGUGGAAUUGAACAGUGGAAAUCUGACUGCAGUAUCAGAUGAUAAACCAAGGAAAGUUCCUGCUCAUCUGGCAGUAAAGGAGGCCAUGAAAAUCACAGAUGCCCACAAUUCUUUUUUGACAGUAGAAGACAGUACAAAAUCAGUAUCGGAGAAACGCUGUGUAGUUCAACCAGAAAUUGAAAGCGAGUGUGAUAAAUCAAAUGAUCAUAAACAGGAAUGUCUUUCUACACAGAAAAAAUUGAGGAAAUGUAAAAUAACAGCCAUUGAUAACAGUAUGAAAAAGGAGACCUCAGUAUCUUCAGAAAAUGUGGAAUCAAGCUUUGUAAAUCUGAACAUAAUGUCAGAGGAUGAAACUGAGAAAGGUGAUGCUCAUCUGUCUGGAAAGGAAAACAAGAAAAUUAUUUCAAAGACAUGUAAUUCUCGUGUGACAACAAGAAAAAAUUCAUGCUCAGUACCAGAGAAAGAGUACUCUGUUCAGGCAGAAACUGAAAAUGAGUGUGUAAGGUCAAAUAAUGAACAGGAAUGCAUUCCUUUACAGUCAAAAUUGAGAAGUUGUAAAAGAGCUGUCCUUGAUAACAGAACAACAGAUGAUAUUUCACUUCUACAUAACACGAAAGUGAGCAACAAAGCAAGGAUUUGCCAGGAAGUAAAGCACAAUGAUGUAAACUGUUAUAUUCCUUUUGAAAGUGAGUGUGUUGAAUUGAAUGACUAUGGACAGGAAUAUCUUUCUCCUCAGACAGAAUUGAGGGAACGUAAAACAACAGUCACUGGUAACAGCACGGAAAAAGAGGUUUUCUUUUCUUCAGAAAAUGUAAAGACAAACUGUGAAAGUCUGAAAAUAACUUCAGAGGACAAAUUAGAGAAAACUGAUGCUCAUCUUUCUGGAAAGAAGAACAAGAAAAAAAUCUCAAAUACAUGUAAAUCUUUUGUGACAAGAAAAAAUGCAAACUCAUUAUCAGAGAAAAAGUGUUCUGUUCAGGCAGAAAUUGAAAAUGAAAGUGUGAGAUCAGAUAGUGAACAGGAAACCAUUCAGUCAAAAUUGAGAAGUCGUAAAAAAGUAACCCUUGAUAAUGAAACAAAAAAAUGUAUUUCGGUUCCUCUGCAAGAUAUGAAAGUGAACAACAAAGCAGAGACUUGCCAAGAAAUAAAGCACAGUGAUGUAAGCUGUUAUGAUACUUUUGAAAGUAAAUGCAGAGGGGAAUGGAGUGCAAUUAUGGGCAGUUCAAUAACAGAAGAAACUGAUGAAUCUCCAUCCAAUUACAAAAUUUUUGGGCCAACAGAUAAGGUAAAAUCAGAUGUGGAUAUAAAAUAUAACAGAAUUAAAUUAUGUCCAAGUUUGAAGGAAAUGGAAUUUGUUACACACGGAAUAAACACGUUUACCAUAGCAACAUCAAUGCCCCGGUUUCUGCGUGCAGUUGAGAAGAAGGAAACUUCUCCUGUUCUGGUAAAGAAGACACAUCACUUCUUUACUGAGGCCAGAGCUACCUACUCAUCACUGGAAAAAUACUUGGCACGGUUGAAACAGAAUGAGAAGACCAAGACGCAUGACAAAUUGUCAAAAUGUGCCUUUAAAAUGCUGCAGUGCAUGCUGAGACUGCAGCAGAGUAUUUCACAGAGGCAAGUCAAGGGAGGAGUGAAUAUGAACUUGAUUAUCACAGAUAUCAUACAUGUGAUGGAUAUGGUAGCAGAAAUCGUCAUGGUUGCCAAUGAGAAGUUUAACACCAUGCCAAAUGAGGUGUUAAAGGACUGUUGCAUACAAUUGGAUGACAUAGAACAUAUGCUAAAGGGCAAGGAAACUGUAAAUUUAAAGGACUUCAUGGAAUUUCAAGAGGACAGAAUUAAAAAGACAGCCACUGAAAAUAAGAAAUUGAAUGUUACCAACUGUGGCUUCAAGAAAUUGAAUAGUACAUUACUGAGUAUGAAGAGGAAGAAGGACAAAAAACUGGGUUGUUACAGAAAUAAUCCCAAGAAAUGUAAGAGAGGAGCUUCAGAAGAUCAUAUCUUUAAGGACCUUGAAGGACAUGAACCAGUGGGGUGUGCUACUGGUAUGGUUUAUAUUCCUUCAGACUGUGAACUGCUUGAAAGUUCAACUAAAGUUGAUCAGGGCUCUGCUAAUUGUGAACGUGUUCAGGAUUCAGCUAAGGGAAGUCAAUAUUUUACAGAUGAUGAUACCAAGUGUUUACGUAAUGACAUUCAAGUGUCUGUAAUUUGUGAACCAACAGAGUUUCCAGCUGAUGGGCCACAGGUCUCUUUAUGUCAUGAAUCAAUGGAGUGUUCAUCUAGUGAGCGUCAGGUUCCUGUGAGUUCUGAAUAUACGUUAUGUUCAGGUAUUAACAAUUAUUCAGAAAAAGAAACAAUCACAAGUGACUUGUCCAACAGUGACACAAGUUCUGUUAUUCCAGUGGUACAAAUAAAACAAGAAGAUACUGUUUUGGAACAAGAAAUUACUGAUCUUGAAACAAGUCACAGUAGUGUGGGUCCUGAGGAGUCAGAUAUCUGUGAAGAAACCUUUACAAAUUAUCAGGAUGCUAUUGUGAAGGAAGAGAUAAAAAUAGAAGAAAAUCCUUACUUUGAAGACCUGAACAUUCGUGGGGAAAUAGAGGAGUGUUCAACAUUGAGUAUGGAUCGUGUGGACAAUGAAUACCAAAAUACAAAUAUGAAGGAGCUGAGUACUGGAUUUGUCUGUGGUGAAGAAAUGCCCGAUCAUUCUUUUUCCAAUGAUGGUUACAGACACCUUCAAAGUAUGGUUCCUAAAAUUAAUAGUCAGGAACUAAUGUGUAGUGCAGAUGGGUCUCUUCAGAAUGUUGAAAAUAUAACAGAAAGAAAAGUUCAAUUUGUUAAAAAACUGGUAUUCGUUGGGCGCACUGCCAGUGAAACUGUUAAAGAGACAGGCAAGUUGACACAUAGAAUGAAACCAGAUUCCGUGAAACAAAUUGUUGUAAUACCACCCAGACCCUUUGGAGCAGCAACAGAAGUUAUGAAUGAGAUGGAUAAAGUUUUAGGCAUUCAUCUGCCACCAUUUCCUCUGGAGCAAGUAGGAAGUUUGAAAUGGUUACAGUAUACCAUUGCUAUUGAUCAUCCGUACUCACUUGCGACAAAGGAACCUUAUGUCACAGUAUGCCAUAUCUGUGAAAUCUGUAGAAAAGUCUUCCAUUCUGCUUAUAAUGUCAGCAAACAUUUGCACGCACAUUUUAGGAACUCAGCGGUUGCCUGCCGUUAUUGUGGUAAACGGAUUUGCAGUUUUGAGCUUUGGACAGACCACAAGCAAAAAUGCUUAAAGCAGUGCACAAAGUGAAGACAGGAAAAUGGUUUUAAUCCCCAGUGAUAUCAGUUUGAGUUUGGAUUUUGUCAGUUGAGUGCAGUCAAAACAUUAAACAUUUAUAUUGAGACUAAAUAAUAUUGAAUAACAUAUGAGAAAAAUGUGGCUAUGUAUUUGAAUGUUAGACUGUCUUAUCAGUGAAAGCAAAAUUUCUGAGGACUGGCGUGAGAAGACAAUGUCUCCAGCUGUCUUGUCAUAGCAUCAUUUCAGUACCAUAGCGACCUGGUGCCUGGAGUUUCUCAAGCCCUGUUUUGACACACUUCAUAUAUUAUAAGAAAAAACAGGCUUAUAUUUGAAAUGGCCAUGUUUAGUAUAAUGUAAAAUUAUAACAUGGUGACUGCAUGAAUGAUGUUUUUUUUAUAUAGGUAGACUGUUAUAGCCAGGAGUAUGGAACUUUGUAUUGCUCACAAAUAUGAUUACAAAUGUAACAUAUUUUGUAAGUUAGUUAAAUUAUGAACUUUGAGGUUUCUUGCAAAUCUCAUAUUAAUAAGUAGAAAUCUCUGCUAAUUGAAAUAAUUCACAGAAAUGACAUGUAUAAUAUUAAUUUGAAACUUAUGGUAACAUUUACUGUAUAAAGUGAAAGGCUUAAAUUAAAGUACACAGUACACCUUAUAGGUUUGUCUCAAUUUCUUGUUAAUCUUGUUAUGUACAUAAAAUAACACACGCAA